AUGUCUUCUGGUUGUCUAUGUUUUCUCGAGAGUGUGCCGAGUUCCACAAUAUCUCCUAAUAGUUACCGUCACCAGGACAAAGCAGACCUGACUAGAGUAAAUAUAAUCGGGCACAAGAGAAGAGCUAUCAAAAAUUUUCCAGGCAAAACAGUACACGGGUUGGCCGAUGGCAGUAUAAGUUUGAAAAUACAUCUGAGAUAG